GGUCCCGACCCCUUCCCUGGGGUUGACAUUUCGUCCUGGGUCCAUGUGUGAUGGUCGUCCCGGAGCUCAACAGCGCUCCAGAGGCCGACGUCAAGCAAAAACGCGGGGAUCUAAACGUCUACAUCGUCGGAGAUCUGGCCCCUCUUCGUCGUCGUCGUCGCCAGCUCGUCGGCGAUUUGGGUCCUCCGCCGCUCGACUACCUCCUCGGAUGCCCUGCCCAGGGGCCGGGUCGUACGGCAGCGUGUGCGAGGCCGAGGACGACACUGAGAACAAGCACGUCGUCGCCAUCAAGAAGUGCAAGGACUGGGUCUGCGGCCACGAAGGCAGUACACUGCCAUCCGGGCAUAGGGUGGGCGAUUCGACUAGCCUGCCCCGGCAGUGACGGUCUCCAGACGAUGGGCCUUUAUCUUCAAGUGCCACGAAGUGUCAUCGUGGAGCGCGUCCUUGAACUGAUGACAGUGUCAGGUGUGCUCCUGCCUGUGCAGGCUUCCUGCUGGGUUCGCUCCCAACUGGAGCCUUGAAAUAGCUGUCCACAUGCGCAGUUGAUUGCUCCAGAGCUGCCAGCUGUUGCAAGUAUGACCGAAGAUUGCUAUUCGGUCGGCGUUGUCUUGCGAAGUUUGGCUUCAGGGCAGGCUCUGCUAUCUCAUCGCGUCAUGCGGAGCACACUAGGUGGAACACCUCUGUCACAUGACUGUUUUGCUCUCCGGCCAUUCAGAGAAUCGUGCUUGUUUCUGUGAUGCUUGCCUUGCAGCUUUGCGUGUCAGCAGUAUUCGGCACGAUUUGCUUUGACGAUGCGCCUCUGCGGCGAGCCUGAGUUUUCUCUUUGCCACACCCUGCGCGCCUCGAGCACUUCUGCGCUGCGCUUGCGCGGUGCCUUGCGAGGGCGUCGCAAGGACGUAUUUUCUGACCUCAUAGACUGCAAGCGCAUCUUGCGUGAAAUCUCUAUCUUGACCCAGCUGAAUCAUGGAAACUGUG